AAAAGGAUCAUAUUGUAGCUCUAUUUGAAGAUAAAAAAGAACAAAUAAAGUUAACACUCUCACAAGUUCCUGAAAAAAUAUUGUUCAUCUCUAACAUAUGGACUGCAUCAAAUAAUAUUAUCUCAAUAGAAAUGCGUCAUAUGGGGUUCAAUAUGGCUAAUGCCAUAUUGAAUACCCUUUAUGAAUUUAACCUAGAAAAAAAAGCUUUAGCUCUUACUACUGAUAAUGCUUCGUUAAUGAUCAUUUGUGGCAAAAUAAUAACGAAAGAGUUUGAAUGUGAAUUUGAUGAUCUUGGAUUUUUGCAUUAUAGAUACGUAGCUCAUAUUUUGAAUCUCAUAGUUAAUAAAGGGUUUGAACAUGUAGACAAAUCAAUUACAAAAAUAAGAAAAAAGUUAGAAUCUGCACUUAAUUUACUUGUAGCUGAUUAUCAAAUAGUCAGAAAUAAAUAUUUGAAUGCAAAAAACCUUCAUAAUAUUAAUGUAAGUGGAUAUUAUCCUCCGCAAAAAGGUGGAUAUUCUAAACAGACUGGAUAUUCACAACCUACUUAUUCACAACCAAACGCGUACCCGAAUAUGCAAGGGAGUUAUCCUUAUCCACGACAAAAUCUUGGUUAUCAAGGCUACCCACCAACUACACCACCACCGAACUAA